AUGAUGCAAGGGCCGGAAGCAACUGCAGCUCACUGGUGGCCAUCGUGGCACCACCACCGGGACGACCCGCCGCCGCCGCCGCCCAAUGGGUCCAAGUCGGUGAACUUCCUGCUCCGCCUCUCCGCGCUGAUCCUCGCCCUCGCGUCGGCCAUGGUCAUGGCCGCCUCCAGCGAUUGCACCCCCAGCUCCGGCGUCGCCGCCUUCACCUACACCCGAUUCGGCGCCUUCGUACUCCUCGUCGGCUGCAACAUUACGGUCACCAUCCUGGAAGCCGCGGCCAUCUACCUGCAGCUCAGCCUCGACCUCGCCGCCGCCGCUGCCCCUCCCGACGACGACAAGACUGUGGCCACGGAUCUGGAGGAGGAAGAGAAGGGGAUCGGCCCCGCCGGGAUCGUGCUAGUGGUGGUAGACCUGCUCGUGCCGGCGCUGCUCUACUCGGCGAUGGCGGCGACCUACGCGGUUGCGGCGGUCUUCAGCGACCAGAUCGGCGCCUGCCCCAACUUCGCCAGAAAAGUGGUACAGGCCAAGAUCCUGUCGCUGGCCGCCUGCGCUGCCAUCACGCUUGCCGCCGUCGCCAGGGCUGUGCCUCUCCCGUUCAACGUGCCGCCCGUCCUUUAG